CAAAUUCACAGUCAAUCAUUGCAAGCAGUUGAAAAUGGACACCCAGCUAUUUAUUGAAGGCAAUACUUCAGAAGGAAGGGAUGCUCCACCUAGUCAUUACUUGUUCAAAAUUGAGUCUUUCUCUUUACUAUCUAAAGCUCCUCUACCAAAGUACACCUCAAACCAGUUUGAUGCAGAAGGCUACAAAUGGAAAUUGUCUCUCUACCCAGUUGGGGACAAGCAUAACGAUGGGGAAGGUUUUAUCUCUAUUUAUUUGGCAUUAGUGGAAACGAGUUCGUUCUCUUUCGGGUGGGAUGUGAAUGUGGUUUUCAAUUUUUUUAUAUUAAAUCAGCUUCAAAACAGGUAUGUUACUGUACGAGAAUGGACUGAAAGACGUUACCAUGCAAUGAAGACUGAAUGGGGAAUCACUAAAUUUAUGGACUUGGAAACGUUUCAUAACCCUUUCAAGGGAUACCUUAUUGAUGACACUUGUGUAUUUGGUGCGGAGGUUUUUGUUGUCAGAAGCACUUUCAAAAGGGAGUGCUUAUCCAUGGUGAAGGAGCCUGCUACUUGUUUCCAUAUUUGGAAAGUUAAUAAUUUUUCGACUUUAUCUGAUGACUAUCAUUACUCCAGUCGAUUUGGAGACCAACAAUGGGGAGUUUGUCUCCACCCUAAAGGAGCUGGAGAAGCCAAAGGCAGCUACAUUUCACUUUAUCUAUAUACUUUUGCAGGUAUUCCUGAGACUGCUAAAUGGUUUGUGAAUUUCAUCCUGCGCGUCAAAGAUCAAAUGAACGGAGAAGACAUUAUAUUUCAAAAUAACGCCCCCAAUAAGAACGCAAGGAGUAUAGAAAAAUUCAUGUUGUUGGCUAAAUUGAAGGACCCAAAACUGGGUUACUUGGUUAAUGACACUUGCAUCAUUGAAGCAGAAGUUACUUUACUUGGCAUGAUAAAUUAAAAUUCUCUUAAUUCUGAUGAAACAUGUUGCAAUUACUUCAUUCAGAGUCGAGAAUUGAUUUAUGGUUGUCAUCUUGAUGUUAAAAUUUCGUGUUGAGAUUUUCUAAUUGUUCUUUAAAUCUUCUAAUUAUUCUGUAA